AUGGAGAAAUCGAAAAACUUCAGAAUUGACGCGCUGCUCGCUGAUGAGACCAACCGGGUGAGCAGAGACCUUUCCCCGGGUCUGAGCAGCGACAGCCCAGCAGGCAGCCCGGUGUCCUGCCGCCGCGCGGACACACCGUCCCCGCGGGCCGUACAACUUCAAGGAAUAAUCCACAAACCGGGUGUCCUAAACCUCCCGCAUCCAGGACUCGCUUCAAUUCCCAGCAUGUAUCCUGCACCCAUGUACCCGUUAUCCGCACUGGGUGGCCAGCACCCCGCGUUCGCAUACACCGGUUUCACACAGCUGACACAGACCUACCCGGAGCACCUGAAGGCGGCUGCCAUGGCGGGGUCUCUGCCCCUGGAGCACUGGAUCCGCGCCGGGAUCAUGAUGCCACGACUGCCAGACUACAGCAGUAA